AUGGAGGUUUGGUGGACUCCUUCGUUCAGAUGCUCGGCGAUCAGGCUGUACCCCAGCAGAGCCUGUCGGUGUCAGACGGCGGCGCGUUCCUACUCCGUCACCAGCCGACCGUCCGUGCUGGACUCUACCUGGAGCAGCCUGGCUCUGCUCAUCGUGUCGACGUCGUCGGCUGGUACAGCUGACAUGUACCUCAACGACACCAUUGCGGGCUCCUACUCCAACGGUCAGAAGACCGCACCGGCGAGCGCGAGCUCGUCGACGACUCCAGCAGGAGGUCAGAACAUCGGAGCCAUCAUCGGAGGCGUCAUCGGGGGCGUGGUCGGAGCCGCUCUGCUCGGCCUGCUCUCCUACAAGCUGCUUGCGCCCAAGGCUGUCGGCAAGGCAGUAGACGAGGAGAUGGUGCCUGUCUACCUGCCUCAAGCCUAUCCUGCCCUUGACGUGCAGUACGCCGCUGCAGCCCCGAUGCCUGUUGGUACUCCAGCGUACGGCCAGCAGCCCAUGGCUUACGGCAUGUGA